UUCGCUCAGUAACAGCUUAGCCAAUAACUAUACUAGUUUACUUGCAAUAUGUUUUCAAGUUCAUCUAACUGUAUUAGAAUAUUCUAUAACACUUCAAACAACUACUCCAGUUUGCUCAAUCUCAACAACCACUUUAGUUUGCCUAAUAACAGCUCAACCAAUAACUACGCUGAUUCAUCUGAUAAUUGCAGCAAUAUCUAUAGCACUUCAAAUAACUAAUAUGUCAAUCUGA